GUACCGCCUGUUGCUUUUACCUUUUCUUGCACCACAGACAGUACCACACCAGCCAGCAGGCGCUGCCGUGUAGGAUAAGCUAAGGGGCACUUUAGUAAUUGUAUAAUCGAUUCCCACCCAACACGGUUCACGCGGGUAUCAUUCUCUGUCUGCUAUCCCUCCUCCGUCACCAUUCUGCAGAGUCAACCAACCAAUCACAACACGACGCGGUGGCCACGGUCAACUGAAAUUCGUAUUAUAAUGAAAACCAAGGACACCGGAAAGCGACUGCCACUGGCCGACAGCAGAAAAUUGAAGUCCGCUUCGCUGCCUACGAAACGAUCGCCUUUUUUGAGUUAAAAGCUUUAAUCACUUAUUCUUUCUGUACGAUUGAGAUUAGGGUUUCACGGUUCGGCUGAGCUAGGAUGGUGGCCUUGUCUAUGGAAUCGCUGCCGUUGGGUUUCAGAUUCAGGCCGACGGACGAGGAGCUGAUAAACCAUUACCUCAGGUUGAAGAUCAACGGCCGUCAUUCUGAGGUUGAGGUCAUCCCCGAAAUUGAUGUUUGCAAAUGGGAGCCUUGGGAUUUGCCUGGUCUGUCUGUGAUAAAAACGGGUGAUCCGGAGUGGUUUUUCUUCUGUCCGCGUGACCGGAAGUACCCUAAUGGCCAUCGGUCCAAUAGGGCGACUGAUGCCGGCUACUGGAAAGCCACCGGUAAGGAUCGAACCAUUAAGUCUAAGAAGUCUCCCGUCGGAAUGAAGAAGACCUUGGUGUUCUACCAGGGUCGUGCUCCUAAGGGCCUGCGCACUAACUGGAUCAUGCAUGAGUAUCGUGCCACUUCCAAGGAUCUUGAUGGUACUGCACCCGGCCAGGGUGCAUUUGUUCUAUUUCGAUUGUUCCACAAAGUGGAUGAGAGGAUUGAUGCUGUAAAGUAUGAUGAAGUGGACCAGAUUGGAGAUUCUCCUCCCACAAACAAGUUGUCUCCUGAUGACACAUCAUCAGAUCUGGUCCAAGGGACAGCAACACCUGAGAUGGAAGUUCAAAAGCAGUCAUAUGAUGAUGUAUCUCAAAAUGGUCAGGUUAUUGGUAACAGCUGCUGCAAUAGUCAUAUGACUUCUGAUCUAGAAGAUCAUGCAGUGGAAGACAAUGCAAUUGAGGGUUUUCCACGCUUGGAAGAAAAUUCCAACUUUUAUGACCCAACUUAUGAUCAGAUUGAUUACGAUGAACUCUCGCCAGUGCAACCUCAUAUUCUUGAAGAUCUACCACUUUACACGGAUUCCUACAUGGAUUCUCUUUAUGGUAGUGAUUUUGGCAAUGAUCACAGUGGAAUACGUUUUCAAGAUGGAACUGGUGAAGAGGAUGUGUCUCUCUCUGACUUGUUGAAUGAGGUUUUCAACAACCAUGAGGAAUCCUGUGAAGAGUCUACUGGUCAGAAUAACUUAGUUGCUGGAAGUGAAGUAUACAUGGCUGGUAAUGCAUUCGUGCCACUGACCAUAGCAGAAAGCUCCCAAGGACAGUAUGAUGCCGAAGUUGAAGCUUCAGGGUGUUUUAAUGGGCAAGUGGCUAGGAGGGAAUCUUUACAGACGCCAGCUUCAUUUGGAUCUCACCAUGCUCAAGCAGCAGUUUCUGGCCAAGAAGUUAAAAAUGGAUAUGUUGGUGAUCUUGGGAACCAUCCUAUAGGGCAAGAGACCUUAUCUACUGAUUCUGCAGUUGCUUCAUUUUAUAGUGGUGUCCAUAAUUUGGAAGAGCCAACCAAUCUGAAUAAUCCUGUGAACAGUAGCAGUGAUCUUGUUGGUGGAACUGGAAUCAGGAUUAGAACCCGGCAGCCUCAACGCCAACCAAAUUCAGUCAACUUUGUAACUCAGGGAAUUGCUCCAAGGAGAAUCCGAUUGCAAAUGAAACUCUCACCAGGGUCCUUUGACAUUGAGAAAGAGACAAAUGCUGGCGUUGAUGAAGAAGAAGUACAGUCAGCUCCAACUAAGGCUACAGAAGAAGUAGAAGAUACACUAAAGCCACAGAAAGAAAACCAGCUGUUCAAGUUUGGUGAAAGCGAGGGAACAGGUGAAGAAUCCUCUAUAAAACUGAGGCGAAGGGUGAAAAGUGAUACUGAACCAAACAGCACUGAGGUGCGCCAAGCAGCAGUGCAUUCAGAAGCAGCAGCUCUCCAUCGUGGCUCAAGUUUAUCAUUCUCUGUUAUGCUCAGUAUUAUAAUUAUUGUGGUCUUGCUUGUUUUCUUGUUGGGAACAUGGAGAUGCCUAAGUACUUGACAUUGGUUGAAUCAAGUUCUAGGCUCCCUGUGGUUCCAAUGUAUAUUGACUUUGUAGGAAAUACUUUUGGAUUAUGUAAGUUGAUGCGCCUAGCAUCUGUAUAGAUUCUGUAGAGUAGGGAAGUAGGGGAUGAUUGCUCUGCAGAAUUGUAUGACAACCUUGUUUUUUCAGGUGUUGUUCAAUAUUCUAAUAUGGAAGAGAUUCUUAUUAAACAUCUUAUCAAAUU